AUGGGCCCCUGUACCGCCUCCUCAUGCUGCUGCCAGGCCCGUAAUCUGCCAUGGGCCCCCGUACCGACUCCUCAUGCUGCUGCCAGGCCCGUAAUCUGUCAUGGGCUCCUGUACCGCCUCCUCAUGCUGCUGCCAGGUCCAGAGUGUGUCAUGGGUCCCUGUACGGCCUCCCAUUGCUGCUGUCUCCAUCGCCACACUCUGCCAUGUGCCACUUUCAGGUCUCCUCACACUGCUGGUGGUUUCCAUUUUUGUCAUAGGGUGCUGUAUGGCCUCCCAUUGCUGCUGCCUCCACCGCCACACUGUGGCUCUACACUCUGGUUUUGGCCCCGUGACUGCCCAAAUGAGUGAAGUGUGCGGUGAUUCUAAGAUCGACGGCACUCAUCUGCAUGUCAUACUGACUGUCAGUAUUAUUUCUCUUCCCCAGCAGACUCCAAGGGCAUUUAAAUUAAAGGUACAGUGUUCUGCACUAAUAUAA